AUGGGUUUCCUGCUUCUGCUCUUCCUUGUCUUCUUUGCGCCACUGCUACUGUUUGUCGCAUGGCUUGCAGCUUCGUCUUGUCUCGGUAACCGUCUUCGGUCCCGCGAAGCUGGGAUGGACGCGUACGGCCCGAGCUACCUUCGGACCAUGGCCAACUCUGGCCCCGCCAUGUCUGAGCAGAUCGAGAUGGACGAUAUGCUAGCAGAACCAGGAACCCGCCUUCACUUUGAGGAGGACGAUUGA